AAGCAAUGCUCCCAUAUCAGCCUCCCAAAGUGUUGAGAUUAUAGACGUGAGCCACGGCAUCUGACCCAGAACUGGGAGUGUGAUGAUCAUAUUGAGUUGCUGAGUUAAACCUGAGGACAUUCUGUUAUAUAACCCUCUAGACAUUUUGUUAUAUAAGAUAAUGUGUCAUUAUUUAAGCCUGGUGAGUAUGUGGAUGUUUUUGGGGUGGGAGAAAAUGAUGGUUAUUUGCACUUUUUUGGAGCUGGAAGCAUGCUAACUGAUAAAUUAUCCUUUUAUCAGUUACCAUGUCCUUGAUGCCCCCAAAAUAUUUUUCAAUUUUAACUAAGGAAAAAAGAUGUCAGUAGGCAUUAACUACUGUGAAAAGAAGGUAUCAUGGUUCAUAUUGUAUGAAGGAGAUGAGAACUGGGGAUAUAGAGAGACAUCUGGGCUGGUAGUAGUUUCUUAUUGCAUAAUUACUGCAUUGAUAAGCACUGUGCCAAAUUUUUACAUUAAUUGUUUCACAUAAUCUUCAAACCACCUCUAUGAAGUAGGUACUAUUAUUUUCCCUACUUUAUAACAAAGUGAAGGGACUUGUCCAAAGUCUCUCACUCGAAGUCACUUACCCAAGGUAGUAAGUGUUGUUGCUGGGGUUUGAAACUAGGUAGCCAGGACGUGUCACAAGUCUAUGCUACAGUGGCAAGGCUCAUAGGCACCAUAAAGUAAAAAGCAAACAAAUUGCUAACAACCUCAGCUAUUCUUUAUAUUAAAGCGAAAGAAAAACUUUCCCCAUGGAUUCUUACAGAAAAAGCACUAUAUAAAGAAAGGGUGAAUGACCCAGAGGACAGAUCUUACACACGCUAUGUGGGAGCAACAAGGCUGGUUUAUUCACCCGGCUGCGAGUGGGCUGAGUCCACGGAAAAGAGAGUCAGCACAGAAGGGGGUUUAGUGAGGGUUUUUAUACAUGAGGAUAGCUGCCCCCCUCCCACCUGCCCUGUUCAUUUCUUUGUUUCUGGGCCAAACUGGCAGGUGAAGAGUGGCAGAGGACAGUGGGCAGAACAGCUAUUUGUAGUAAAUUCUUCUUCAAACAAGCAACUCCUACAACACUGUUGCCCCUGUCACAUCCAUCCUUCUGCUCUGGCAUGGUCCUUAUCAGGAGCGCUAGGGAGGGGUAGCCUUGGUCUCCAUCAGGGAGGGAGGGGGAAGGAAUGCUGGCUGCAGCCCUCUGUUAGUUAAAUCUACAAAGUCCGGGGACUCCCCAGACUCCUGCGGCUAUUGUUUUACAAGCCUAAGUUUUGCAUUAACCACAUUCUGUCCUAUACAUUGCGAGUUCCCACCUGGAACAAACCUAACAUAUAAUAUGAACAAUAUUCUUCACAGACAUGUUAAGCUGAAACAGUGUAGAGUUUCACAGGGACGUUUAUUAUUUCAAAUGUCUCUCAGUAGGGAACUUUCUUUUACUAUAUAUAUAUAUCCUGAGAUUGAAAAUCUUUGAUGAUGAACUUGAUUUUUGUAAACACUCAAAAGUCACUUAAGGUAGGGUUGGAGAUGGAGGUGGGGAUUCCCUGAGAAAGGGCACGGGGAACGUUUUAAGUAACAGAAAUAUUCUAUAUGUUGAUAAUGGUUAUCCAGGUGUGUGUGAAACUUACUGAAACAGCAACCAAAUGAGUAUAAUUUCAUUACAUGUGAGUUAUAUAUCAUUUUAAAAAAAACCAAAGCUCUCAGGCCAAGUCCAGUCGUUACAGCAAGAAAGAUAGGCAUAGAAAAUAAAAAAUUUUGGCGACGUAUAUAGAAUCCUUGCAUAUGGAGAUUCUAAUUGGCUUUAAACGUGGCAUUAUGAAUGUAUUUAGACAAAAAUACUCUUAGAUUUUCUUUGCUUUUAUUCACAAUCGGGACGGAAAAAUUCUAUACUUCUGCUAAACAAGCGACAAGAGUGUAAGUUAACUAAUUUAAUCCUCACAAUCACUCUAAGAGGUAGACACCAUUACCCCAUUUCACGGACGAGGGGCCCAAACCGGGCCGGGGCGGCGCCCUCAGUACCCUCUUCAGGCUUUCGGGCACGCCCGGUUCGCCGUCGCCCUGGGAAAGGCGGCAGGAAGGAAGGCCACGGCGUCAGCCCGGGGCCACACGCAAGUCACUGACCACAGCCUGACGAGAGCCGAGGUCCCGGAACUGCCGCACCGCGCGCCGCCAGGCUUUUCCCAGGCCCUCCAGCUCCUCGCAGGAGGGCGCGUCGGUGCCCGGAAGCCGCGGCGAAGCCCCGAGACUCGCUGGAACUCAGCUCGGCCGAGCUCAAGACAGCCUCUCUGGAGCCUGGCAGGUGUGGGGGACUGAUGGAGAAGUAUGUGGCUGCCAUGGUGCUGAGUGCGGCUGGAGAUGCCUUGGGGUACUAUAAUGGGAAGUGGGAGUUCCUCCGGGAUGGGGAGAAGAUACAUCAGCAGCUGGCCCGGCUGGGCGGCUUGGACGCCCUGGAUGUGGGAAGGUGGAGAGUGAGCGACGACACGGUGAUGCACCUGGCCACAGCGGAAGCCCUCCUGGAAGCCGGGGAAGCCGCAGACUUGGCUCAACUGUAUUCCCUCCUUGCUAAGCAUUACCAAGACUGCAUGGAAGACAUGGAUGGCCGGGCCCCAGGCGGCGCCUCCAUGCAGAACGCCAUGCAGCUGAAGCCAGACGAGGUCGAUGGCUGGAGGAUUCCCUUCAACGGCCAUGAGGGUGGCUGCGGAGCUGCCAUGCGGGCCAUGUGCAUCGGUCUCAGGUUCCCUCACCCCAGCCAGCUGGACACGCUGAUCCAAGUGAGCAUUGAGAGCGGGCGAAUGACCCACCACCACCCCACGGGCUACCUGGGGGCCCUUGCUUCUGCUCUUUUUACAGCCUAUGCCGUGAAUGGCAAACCACCUAGGCAGUGGGGAAAAGGACUGAUGGAGGUGCUGCCAGAGGCUAAGAAGUACAUCGUCCAAUCAGGCUACUUUGUGGAGGAGAAUCUUCAACACUGGUCCUACUUCCAAAACCAAUGGGAAAAGUACCUAAAACUUAGAGGGAUUUUGGACGGCAAAUCAGCCCCUACCUUCCCAGAGCCCUUUGAUGUAAAGGAGAGGGAUCAGUUCUACACGUCCCUGAGCUACUCUGGCUGGGGUGGCAGCAGCGGACACGAUGCCCCCAUGAUUGCCUAUGACGCCGUCCUCGCCGCAGGAGACUCCUGGAAGGAGCUCGCCCACCGAGCCUUCUUCCACGGCGGAGACAGCGAUUCGACAGCCGCCAUCGCUGGCUGCUGGUGGGGAGUUAUGUAUGGUUUUAAAGGAGUGAGUCCCCCCAACUAUGAGAAACUGGAAUACAGAAACCGGCUGGAAGAGACAGCUAGGGCUUUAUAUUCUCUUGGUCAAAGGAAGACACCGUAAUUACCCUUUAGGGAGAUGUGAUGUUCAUAGCUGGUGGUUUCUUCUUUUGAGUGUUCCCAUUUCUGCUGUUUCUUUUCACUUUUUCCACCAAAGAGUCUUAACCUUGUACUCAGGAAAUUUUGAGGUAACAAGUCCCUGGGGUACCUUAAGCUCUAUCUUUUCAGAUUCAUCCUGUUUUCCCUGAAUCUGUCCCUCUUCUUAUAUUGAAGAGUCUUUUAUCUCAGUUGAUGGGGUCAGUAACUCCCAAGACAGAAAUCCCCAAACCUCCUAUCUAAGUCUUCAUUUUCAUCAUGUAAUUGUUCUAAAGUUUUUUUCUGUUUGUCUUAAGUUUUAGGGGCAGGAAACCAGCAGCCUUACAGCCACAUGUGGCCUUCUAGGUCCUUAAGUGCGGCCCUUGGGUUGAAUCCAAAUUUUACAGAACAAAUCCUUUUAU